CUUAGGUACUAUCGUUGUCAGUGCUCUCUCUAGGCAAGCGCGUAUCGGCGAUCUCGCGACUUCUUAAAGUUGACGGUACUGCGGAAAACUCAUUCUUGGUCCGUGGUUCUUUCACAAUUCUAUAGCAAAUAAUAUUCUAAAAUGCGCGCGAUAUUGUUUAUGAGUCUUUUGUGCGCCGUAAGAGUAGAAUCUCAGUUUUGGAGUAGUCCUAACUUUUUACAAUCGUGGUUUAGACAGGCUAAAAAUGAAUUAAAACGCGAAAUUACUACCAACCGCCCAGACACUAUAAUUACUACUUGGAAAAUCACGGAAACAACGAUUCCUUAUGUAAAAACCGAAACAACGACUAAAAUACCUUCGACGAUAAUAUUUUCCUCAGAAACUACCCCUAGAAAGCUUUCGUUAGUUACUUCUACCAUUACUUCAACGGAUGGAAGUACGAUUUAUGAUACAACUAACAGUGAUGUCACAGGAACAACCGAAGAGCCAAGGGAUAACAGCCGAAACCAUGAUUUUUAUCUGAGCAAAAGGGAAAGACCACAAAUUAAAAUUUCAACGAAUAUUAGCCAGAAUUUGCUGCCUCUACCAGCUGGAGCGAGUGCAGCUUUGGUCAAACCCACCAAAUAUCACUACUAUCCUCACAACCAACAUAUCUAUCUGCUUCCAGAAUGUGCCAUACAACAGGUUUGUAAUGCUGUUUAUAUAAGGCUCAACUGGACCCAGCCUCUCUGCGCUUGUCCUUCCAGAUACAGAGACCCCUGCUCAGCUUCCCUGAAUUCUGACGAUCAACAUACAACAGAGCUCAUGACAGAUAAAAAUUCAAGGAGGGCGUUAACCUUGGUGAAAACAUGUGAACCAACUGCUGAAAUGAGAUUGUGUAGAUCGCCAAGAGAUUGGUCUUUAUUAGCACUUCAGAACAUCCGUAGCGGCAAAUCUCACUAUCUUGUAAUAUGUAGAUGUCCAGAAACGAGCAUCCUAGAGGGUCCCAUGUCCCACGAUCAGCCCACAUAUGCCAGCGUACCGGGAAUCAGAGUAUAUGGGAUGAUGUGCGUGGACGGUAGAAGAGACAGACAAUCUAGGAUAUCCAAGAGUAUGGAUAAGCCUCAAUUUCCUUGGGAUAAAGCCGUGGAACUAGCAAGGAGUGCUAUAUGGGACUAAUCUAGAAUUUUUAGUAGAUAUUACUAUAGUAAUUGAAUAAUUUGCAUUUGAAAAAGUCACUAUGAUAUUAAAAGUAGAUGAAAAGGUUUUUCUAGUUAUAUCUAUAGUAUAUUUUUUUCAAAACCAUUGGUCAAAUUUAGAUUAUUUUGUUUUUGAAGGACAGUUAUUUUUCGCAGAAAUAUUUAUUACUUUAUACCACCAUCUUUGAAAAACUAUAUUUCGCACCCCCGCUGCAGAAGUCAUACAAGUUAAAACAUAACAAUAUUGAAUAAAUGCUUAUUUAAUAGAACUGAAAACUGAAUAUUAUUUUUGCAAAGAAUAGCUGACAUAUGUUUUAUUAUGCUGUUAUAUUUUGAGUUCAAAGUUUAAAUGUAUAUGGCAGAGAUUCUCAAUCUGUGGUACAUGUACCACUGGUGAUGUGGUGAUACAUAUCAUUAUUGGCGGUGGUACACAAAACACAGAAAAAAUUAAAAUAGUAGUACUUAGUAAGUAUUGAUAAUACAAUUUAAAAAUAUAGGUGGUACCAAAAAUAAUAAAAAUAACUGUAGGUGGUACAUUACUCAAAAAGGUUGAGAACCGCUGGUAUAUGGUAUACUCUAUUGUCUCUUUGUUUUGGCAUUAACAAAAUAUCGAUAUUUGAAAGAUGUCAUUUCUAAAUAACAUUUGACCGCCCCAUAAUAUUUUGAGUGAUUUUCAGUUAACUUUAUUUGAACGAUUUGUUCAUAAAUUAACUUUAAUCAGUAUCUAAUAUUUUGUAUGAAAAAUAAAAAUAGCUAAUGUAGGUGAUACUUUAGCUAAUAAUACAAUGCGACAAGCGAGAGCUGGCGGCUGACCUUCUCGUAUUCUGCAUUUGUCGCUGUGUAUUUUCGCUCAAGGUCACGCGCCACCUCUGGUUUGUCGGAUUGUACUAUAUAAUAUUAAAAAAAGUAUUACAUAUGCAAUAUAAUCUAACGUAAAAAGUAUACAUUGCAACAAUUAAGACUAUUUUAACAGUUAAAAUGGUGAAAAAUGAUCUUAACUAUACCUAAAUUUUCAAAAAAAAUCUGCGUAAAACUGUUUAAUAUGGUUCGUAUGUAAUAGCGAUAACAGAUCUUCCUUCUUGCUCUCCUUUAUGUCUAGUUUAUUUUUCUUCUUCUUGUAUUUCUCCUAUCGAAGGUUGGCUAUCAUCACAGCUAUCCGUACCUUAUUGGCGGCUGCUCUGAAAAGAUCUACUGAGCUGCUAAGUAAAUUAAUAAGUUAAUUUAUACCACUCUCUAAGUUUCUCAGCCAGGAAAUUCUUCUUCUACCUAUGGAUCUUUUACCCUGCAUUAUGAGCCUUAAUAUAACUUUAUUUUUAUAGGUGGUCUUUAAAAUGGGAACAGUCUGGAAUGGACUAGUGCAUCUUUUAAGCCAGGGGUUCUCAAUCUGUGGUACAUAUCAUUAUGUGCGGUGGUAUACAAAACGCAAAACCACAACCAAAAUUCAGCAUAUUUGUAGUUAGUUAGGUUACCUCCAUAUGUAUUUCAGUUAGGUGGUACCAAAAAUAAUUACAUAACUCAAAAACAUUGAAAACCACUGUUUUAAGCAAAUUUAUUUCAGUAAGUUCACUUGCAGAAUACGUUAUUUUUUUAUAAAGAAUUCCUAGGUUACUGCGAUAAAUUUUUAAAAUUUUAACUUGUUAUUUUUAGUGAAUUUCAUAAAAAUUAUUACUUAUUUUUAGUAUUAAAAAGUUUAAAUAAAAUAAGCCAUCGGUAACCUAACUCUUUCGCUUUAGAAAUGUCACAACUCAAAAAAAAAUGCAUAGAGCGCAAAGGUCAAUUUUAAAGAAAUUGAUGAAAAGAACCUUAGAAAAACUGAAAGAUUUAGUUGAAUUUAUUUAAUGAUAAAACACAUAAACCAAAAUUUACGCAAUUAAUCAAUACAAACGACACAUCUCGAAAUGAUGCACUUUCACGCAUAAAAUCGCCUUGAAUACUGAGCAUAAACUGAUUUAAUUUUAGAUGUCACUUCAGGUGUUGGCUUCUAGCGCCGCCACCAGUUUCGUAGAAGUGAGACUACUGUUAUCAAGGAAAAUUAAUUCAAGUUAACGUGUGUCGUUUCUCCUGUACAUAGACAGUAGUUUUUUGGAAUCGGUAAUGCAAGACGUAAUACAAAAAAUGAAAAAUUUAGAGUUAUGUCACUUCUGAAACGGGGGGUGCGAUUUAUAUUCCAAAAUGUAAUCAGAUUAAAGAGCAACAGAAAUCUAACCUACCUUUAUGGAUCCAAGUGAUGUUUUCAUUCGCAAAUUUUCAAUGUCGACAUUAUUCUUAAAACUUAGCUCGACUUAUAUAAUUUGUCAAUUUCUCGAUCGUACUCAGUAUAUUUAUUUUAUUUA